AGAUGGACGAUAGAAGUGUCUGUCGUCCGCAUUUUGCGGACUCAGACCCUCAAACUAACAAUACUAGUGCACCCAACGCGGCUUCUGUCACAGAUGCUGAAAAAGUAAUAAACACUAAAAUAGAUAGUACCCAGGUCGAAGGAAACAGUUUAGAUGAAGAGGAGCUGCUUAAGAGACUCCUCACUGAUGAUUACUGCCAUGUGUGUGAAGCUGUGCUCCAGUUUGAAUCUCAGCGCCUGUCUCACUAUGAGGGAAAGAAACAUGCUCAGAAACUUAAAGUGUACAUGCAGGCAAAGAGAGAUGACAAAAUGAGCAAAGAGGGCACAGGAGGACUACAGCAGACGAUGACUACUGAUAAGGAUCGUUUUUGUGAGCUGUGUAACAUGGUGUUCAGUUCCCCAGUGGUGGCAAAGUCACACUAUGAAGGCAAAAUCCAUAAUAAGAAUCUCCGAAAACAAGGUCUGCAUCCACCUGGGACACAUACUAUACAAAAUCAGACUCAGGCUCCUGUUAAUACUGACCAUAAUUCUGCCCCUGAGGGUAGAACGGAUCAUCAGAUGCACCCAGCAGCCACUGCAGUGCCCCCUAGUACAGAGGUGGAUCUGAAAGACCCUAAUAAAUACUGUUCCCUGUGUGCUGCAAGCUUCAACAAUCCCCAAAUGGCUUUGCAGCACUACAAUGGACGCAAACACCAAAGGAAUCAGGCCCGGCAGGAGCUGCUUAAAGAGCUUGGAGACGCUGACCAACAAGCCACCUGCCUGAUAUGUCAGAUUUGCAGUGCCCAGUUUAACUCUGUGGAGAUGUAUCAGGCCCACAUGCAGGGAAACAAGCACCAGACCAGGGAGAAGAAGGUCAUCGACCUGUGUAAAUCCCAGCAGAAAGUUUACAGCACAUUUGCAGAUGAACUGGCAGAUUACAUCCAGGUCCAGAAGGCUCGAGGAAUCACCCCCAAGAGUGGACAUGCCCUUCCCCUGAUAGAAACGCAACAAGGGUGUGAAGAAGAGGAGGAGGAAGAGCAGGAGGGAUUACACAAGGGGAAUGUGAUGCAAGUGAAUAAUCCCAAAACAAACCCUCCUCCCACCUCCAGCCCUCCUCCUCACCCCCACCCUGGCCCUGGUUGUUUCUACCCAGUGGAGGGGUGGCAUCCUCUGUAUAAAGGCUCCCCCUGGCCCCCCCACAGGUGGGACUACAGCUACCCCCCUCCAGCAUCCACAGGCUCCGCCUCCUCACAGUUCACCAGUCCUCCUAUGAAAAGGAGGAGGCGCAGACAGCGGUCUAGUUCCUCCUCAUUUACUACCUCAUCUUCCUACUCCUCCUCGUAUUCCUCCUCCAGUAGUUCCACAAGUGACAGUGACAGUAGCGAUCACAGACACAGAGAAAGGCGGCACAUUAGAAGAUCCAGGAGAGACAGAAGCCGGAGGGAACGAAGUGAGGACUCAGAUAAAGAGGAGAGGAGGAGAUGGAGGGGGAUACGAGAUAACGAGUCAGAGGAGAGGAGGAGAGAGGAGUCAGGACAGUCCGAUAAAGAGAAAAGGAGAAGAAAGCACAAACCUGGUGGUAAACGUAGAAAACACGAAAAGAAAUCAAGACAGACAGACUUGAAGGAGGACGGAGUGGAAAAGACAGAGGACAUGUUGAAGCUGGAAAGUGUGGCUGAGAGUAGGAAUGAAGCUGAGGGGCACAUUGAGACUGAAAUGAAUGCAGAGCAGUUGGAGGGCGGGCCGGUUGAAUCGGCCAAAGCCAAAAACAGGAAAGAUAAGAAGAAAACAAAAGAGAAAGUAGACACUAGGACGGAGGAGGAGAAACUGUGGGACGACUCGAUUCUGGGCUGUUAGUCUCAAGUUGAUGAAGACUUUUGUACUGAAAUUAUCAAGGCAGAAAAGAUGUUUAUUAUUUAAGAUUUUCAAAAAUGUGUUUAUUAAUCAGACUAAUGUCGAUGCCAUUUUAAAUCAGCUUUCAUCUGAACGGACAGACCAGUCUUAUUCUCAGUAGGUGUGCUAGCUGGCUAGCCAUAUUUAGUCAGAAUAUGUUCAACUUUUGUCCGUGUGUUUAAAGGGGUUUCGUUGGCACAUCCACAACUUAAAUGCUAUGUCAUAUUUUUCACUCUGGCACAUAAUAAUGUCUUUAAGUUAAUUAACGUGCACAGUAUUUAUUGUUGACUAAUUUGUCUGAUUUCUUAGUACUCACGGUUCUCUUGGCCUUUUUAACAGUAUCUCUGCUCUGCUGAGGUUUCUCAUGAUCAUCCUCCAGAUGGUGCUGUUAAACCAGAGCAUAAUGAAUGCAAAUAAAGAUCCACUGAUGUCAGGAG